CUACUUGGUCAAAAACAAAUAAUUAUACUGUUUGUAAAAAAUUAACUAAAACAAGUAUAUUGAAAUGUAAUGAUGAAUUAAGCGCAUUUAUUCAUGAGUUAAAAAUACAUUUACACCUUAAUUAUAGUAAUCGUAUUAUACGUUUCUUGGGUAUUAGUCAAG